GCAAAACAGGUUAGUGACAGCUGAAAAGCUUCCAAGUUCCAAGCCCUCAAUGGCUGUAUGGACUACGGACCUUGUGCGUGGCGCAUUGAAACACCAACCCAAUGCCUAUUCCCAAAACCAAACAUCAUAGUCACUCACAAGAGACAAUACAAAGCCUAAAUGUCCUACAACACAUUACACUUGUGUCUUCAUCUCCUAGAAAACUCCAAAACCGAAUCCAUCCAUACUGAACAAUGAACAAAAACAAACAAAGAACCUAUCUACUAAUCCCUACAGCUUGUGACUGGCUCCUCCUUCCCUCACAACCAACCCUAAACCAAAAAGUUCACAAUGAACACCAUUAAAGAUUCGAAGAAUCAUUACGACCAACACAAACCCUAAAAAGGAAAAAAAUAUAAAAUAAAGUUCUCGCCACUUCUUUUUUUUGUUUGGUAAUUGUGUGUGUUUUGCUUUCUGAGCUACAAGCCAUGGCAUCAAAGCCACAAGUCUCUCUUUUAACUACACAAGGGCCCCCUUCGCUUUCAGGUUCUCUCGCAAUUCGAGCUCCUAUUACUCCGGAAGAUGAUUCUUCUGAUUUUGAAUCUAACGGUCAUACUAGUGAUAUUAGUAGCAGUGUUGAUAAUGGGUCUGAGGCUGAGGAGUAUGUUAGUGGUGAGGAGUUUGAAAGUGCAUCAGAGAAGCUUUUUGUUGGCGAUUCAGAUGAGGAAAAGCCAGAAGCUAGUGUCUUUUUUGGCAAAUAUAAACUUUCUAGGCCCUAUAUGACGGAUACAGAUGAAGAAAGUGUGGGAAAUCCAGAGAGCGGGGUUACUAAUGAUUUCCCAGAGAGCGGGGUUACUAAUGAAUUUAAAUCUGUCAAAUUAGAUAAUACGAGUUUCCCACGGGUUAUCCCUAUUGCCCAAUUGUCAAUGGAUGACGAUGACUUUGAGGAGUUAAUGUCUGAUGAGGAUAUAGCAAGUGGCGGGGGUGCUGAUGGCAGAUUUUCAGGUCCUAGUUUUGGGGUUCUUGAGAACGUGGAUAGUGCACCAAGAGUUAAAGUGUCGGAUGGGUCAGAUGUUGAUGAAGAUAAAGAAAUUGAGUUAUUGGUGCAAAGUGAUUUUUCGGCUGUGAAUGAGUCUGAAUUUUUACUAACAAGAGACAAUGGGAAUUUGGUUUCUGGUAAAUUUGUUGGAGCUGACAAUGGUGUUUCCGGUCGUGAAGAUGAUGCCUUCGCAGCAGAGGGUCCCAUUAACGAGCACUGUUCAGUUGAAUUAAUCAAGGAUGAUUUUCAUGUUGAGCCUUUGGUGGAGAAUAACAAGAAUUCAGAAAUGAAGGAAGAUGUCAAACUUGUUGUCGAUUACUCUGUUUCAAUUGAAUUAGUUGAGGAUGAUGGGCAUGUUGCGGCAGAGUCUCAUAUUGAGUCUUUAGUGGAAUGCGAAGAAAAUGUCUUGGAGACCGGUUCUCAAUUGGACGAUGAUGCUAUGCAUUUUGUUGAUGAAAGGCUACCAUUUGAGAAUUUGGAGCAGGCAAAGAUUGAAUUGAAUGGUACAGAUUGCUACAAUGAAAAUAGUAUGGUGGUGAAUGAUUUUAACUAUCAGUUCUCUGAGCAUUGCAGUGCUAGCCCUGUGAAGGAACAAAUUGCUGAAGUUGUUAAUGUUUGUGAUGAUAUCGUGGCAGAGCUGAAGGUUGAUGAUAGUGCUGUCCUGUUAAAGGAACAUACUUCCUUUGAAACUGUAAUUAAACCUGUUGACGACUCUGUCCAGAAAAUUGUGCUAGAGCCUCAAGAACUGGAAGUGGAAGUGGAGGCAGAAAAAGCUGCAGAUUUCAAGAAGAAUUAUGAUGGAAGUGAUGCUCUUGAGGAAGGCAGCGACUAUGGGAAACUGGAAGAUAAAACUGGACCAGAAACUGGUAUGAGUUCUGAAUCUCUUGCGCGUGAAGAUGCCAUUAAAGUUGAAUCUGGAAACCAUGCUGAUGAGAUGGCUUUGGAUUUAUUGGUAAAAAGAGAUUUGCCUGAAAUGUCCGAACAUGAUAGAUUGGAAAAAGCAUCACAGGGGAAUAUCAAAGAUGAAGUAAAGCUUGAUUCACAAAAAAUAGGAGCACAAAAGAGUUGGCUUUCUGAUGAAGAUAUUGAAGAUAUGAUAUUUAGAAGCUCUGGAACUAGUGAACAUAUCAUGAGUGAGUUGCAGAGAAGUUUUUCCCCCUCUCCUCUUCCCGUGGCUGAUGAUUUCUAUGAUGGGCAGAUUGUUCCCGACUCAGAUGAUGAAUUGGAGACUGAUAAGGAUCAUGACGAAAAGGGGUUUUUUGACUCUGCUGCAUUGGCUGCUCUUUUGAAAGCAGCAGCUAGUGCUAAGUUGGAUGGACGCAGCAUCACCAUAACUUCUGCUGAUGGUUCCAGAGCAUACACUUUUGAUCACCCUGUUGGUUCAGGUUCCUCAUUUGACACUAUAGGACGUACUUUGCAAUCAGAUACUGUCAAGGCUGCUGUGAACGAAAAUAUAAGUGAAGAAGAAAAGAAGAAGAUUGAAAAGAUACAUCACAUUAGGGUGAAGUUCUUGAGGCUUGUUCAGCGACUGGGACAGUCUUCUGAAGAUUCUAUAGUUGCGUCAUUGUUGCACAAAUUGUUCCUAGCUGCAGGGGAACAUGUUAGCCAAGAAUUUAGCCUUGAAUCUGCCAAGAGAAUGGUUAUGCAGCUUGAAGCAGAGGGCAAAGAUGAUUUAGAUUUCUGUUUGAACAUUUUGGUUUUUGGGAAAACUGGAGUGGGGAAAAGUGCAACCAUUAAUUCUAUUUUUGGUGAGAAGAAAGUUGUGAUCAAUGCAUUUGAACCUGCUACAACAAGGGUUAAGGAGGUUGUUGGAACAGUAGAUGGAGUUAGGAUCAGAAUCCUAGACACUCCAGGUCUUAGAACCCCUGUGAAGGAUGAACCUAUAAACAGGAAAAUAUUAGCAUCUAUAAAGAAGUGGAUAAAGAAGUUCCCUCCAGAUGUUGUCCUCUACGUUGAUAGGCUAGACGCUCAUACAAAAGAUCUCAAUGAUUUGCCACUGUUAGUUUCACUCACUAAUUCUCUCUCUGCAUCAAUAUGGCGAAAUGCUAUUGUCAUUCUCACCCAUGCAAGUGCUUCACCUCCUGAUGGGCCAUCUGGGUCACCCUUAAAUUUUGAGAUGUUUGCCACUCAACGAGCCCAUGCCGUUCAGCUCUCCAUCAGUCGAGCAACUGGUGAUCCACGUCUAAUGGACCCAAGUAUGAUGCAUCCGGUGUCUUUUGUUGAGAAUCAUUUAUUGUGUCAAAAGAACAAAGAAGGAGAAAGGGUCCUCCCCAAUGGACAAAGUUGGAGACCUCAAUUACUACUCUUGUGCUACUCAUUGAAGAUUUUAUCCGAAUUAGAAGCGAACUUAAAAACUAAACCUCAAGAUCCUUAUGAUCACAAGAAGAUGUUUGGCUUAAGGCUCCGUUCUCUGCCUUUAUCCCACUUGGUGUCUUCUUUAUUGCAGUGUCGUCCUCAUCCAAAACUCACUGCUGAUCAGGGUAGUGAUGAUGUUGAUUCAGAUGUGGAGUUGUUGGAUUUAUCAGAUUCUGAUGGAGAUGAUGAUGAAUACGAUCAACUCCCACCCUUCAAGCCCUUGAUGAGAUCUCAGAUUAAUAAGCUCAGCAAGGAGCACAAGAGAGCGUAUCUUGAGGAAUAUGAUUAUCGGGCGAAACUCCUCCAAAAGAAGCAGUGGAGAGAGGAGAUUAAAAGGUUGAAGGAGCUCAAGAAGAAAGGCAAAGAUAGCAGAAUAGAUCAUGUUUACACUGAAGAAGAUUUUGAACAGGAAGAAGGAGGUCCAGCAGUUGUGCCUGUUACAAUGCCUGACUUUGCCCUCUCACCUUCUUUUGACAGUGACAAUCCUUCUUAUAGAUACCGGAUGUUGGAGCCGACAUCAGAGCUUCUUGUUAGGCCAAUUGUGGAAUCACAGGGCUGGGACCAUGACUGUGGCUAUGAUGGUAUUGCUCUUGACAGAAAUCUUGCUGUUGCUGGUAGAUUUCCAAGUGCAUUUACUGUUCAAGUCAUGAAGGAUAAGAAAGUGUUUAACAUCCGUUUGGAUUCCUCAAUUUGUGCAAAACAUAAAGAAAAUGGAUCAACAAUGGCAGGAUUCGACGUUCAGACUUUUGGAAGGCAGCUUGCAUGUAUCCUCAGAGCUGAAACCAAAGUCAAGAACUUUAAGAUAAACAAAACAACUGCAGGAAUAUCCAUUACUCUGCUGGGGAAACGUGCAGCCACAGGACUCAAAAUUGAGGACCAGAUUACAGUUGGAAAGCGCUUGGCUUUGGUUGGAAGUGCUGGUGCUGUUACAUCUGAAGGUGAUACAGCAUAUGGAGCAAACUUUGAAGUUCGCCUUAAGAGCAAGGACUUUCCUAUGGAGCAGGAUCAGACCACAUUGGGGUUGUCUCUACUGAAUUGGAGAGGCAAUUUGGGUGUAACAGCCAACCUGCAAUCUCAGUUCUCUGUUGGUCGAAAUUCAAAAAUGGCUAUCAAUGUAGGAAUGAACAACAAGCAAAGUGGACAAAUCACCAUCAAAACCAGUAGCUCAGAACUCCAAUUUGCUCUCAUCAGUAUUGUUCCAAUGGUAAUAUCUGCCUUGAAGAGUGUCUAUUCUGGUUGUGCUGCAAGAAACUGAAAAAUGCUAGAUUACUAGGUCUGCUUUCCAAGUAUCUACAGUCAUUAAUUAAAUUUUGAAAGGGUAAAUCAUUCAGUCAGGACUAGUUAUUGUCAUUCCCCAGCUUCAUAAUUAUAAAAUCUUUGCUCCAUCUGCAGGACAUUUUAAGUUAUUUCUGUAGGUUUUAUGAGCUGUAAAAUAAUGGAAUCAAGCCUGCAUAUAGUUGUUCUGAGUUCAGUUUCUUUAUCCAUCUAAUCUGAUGAUCAGUCUCAAAAGUUUUCUGUGAUUA